GUCAAAAGCAAAACCAUAACAAACAUUUCGGCAAAAGCGAACGAGUGCGUCUACUGGGCGGCCCAAAGCGAAGGGCUGCCCAAUGGUGUGGGUGCGCAAGACAAAGCGAAGAAGCGUCGUUGUUUGGCCCGUGUGGAUGUCGCGCGGGCUGAUGCCACCGCAUCGAUGCCAUGCAGUGUAGUGCCGCUGCCGAGCCGCCGGACGAGGAGAGACUGCUUCGCACCCACGGCCUUUUAGGAUUCAGAGAUUUCUGUGCCAAGAAGGGUACGGCCAGCCUGCGACAGCUCGACAAGCUCGCGCUGGCCGGCUUGGCCCGGGAAUACGUCGAUUCGUCCCGUUCCAGGCAGGGCCCGUUGCACAGCGCACGCUCGCUGCGACGCUUUCAGGUUGGCCUCAACAAUUACUUACGGUCUCUGUACGGCGCCGAUUUCGAUCUUAGCCGCGACCCAGCGUUCGCGCCACUGGCGGUUCCCUCCGCAUCGGGGGCAGCGAACGCGGGAGGAGCGGGAAGAAUGGGCCAGUCAGCGGAUACCGUGGUCAUCACGCCCGAAGACUUGACAAAGAUUGGACAGUACUUUUGGCGCGUGAUAAACACCCCGCGCGGUCUGCAGCAGAAGGUAUGGUUUGAUCUCAUGAUCCACCUUGGCUCGGAUGGCAUCGAGAACCAGCACGCUAUGCGCAAGGACUCUUUCAUGCUCCUGAAGUCGCCGGCCGACGGACGGAGGCGGCUGCAGUGGAAGAUACCGGGCGGAGCUUCCAUUCCGGACGAUCCGGAGAACCCGCUGUGUCCAGUGCGGACGUUCCAGCUUUACCUGAGCAAGUUGAAUGUAGCCUGUCCCGCGCUUUUCCAGCGGCCGCACGACGGCAUCACUAAGACGUCGCGCUUCUGGUUCCACAUGUUUCCCCUGAACAACACCAUGCUGGCUCUCAUGAUGUACGACAUCUCCAAGGACGCCGGCCUUAGUCGCGUCUACCCCAACUUCGGCACGCAGGUGCUACCGGAGAAGGGACGCUUCUACGAACUGGCGCGGCGCAGCCGCCCGUCCCUGGAGAGCGCCCGCAAAGAGCCCGGCUGCGCGUACAAGCUAUGUGCCCAGUGCCUCACGCCCGUGCAAGUUGCAAGUGCUGGACCCAAGGGAAUCCUUUGUUCAGUGCCAUGCUUGGAAGCCUUCAUGCGUGCGAAAGAGGCACGUCAGAAUGUGCGUGUCUCCUUCCGGGACGGCACUCGUGUGCCUGCCUACACCCUUCCUAGUGGUCAGCCCCUCCAGUCGCAGCCACAGCCGCAGCCCCGAGACGAGCUGGGCCGAAACCUCCCGGAAGAUGUCUACAGCUUCAUACAAGAAGUUGCACGAAUCCAGGCCCUUGGUCAUACUGUACGGACUGAUGGGCUACCCAUGGUAUUCAAGCAGGACGGUUCCAAUGCACAAGCCCGGUCGCUGCCCAUAGAGCUGCUAAGGAUUGCCAUGGAUGUGGGAAAGCCAACCAAGUCUGGUAAUGCGCAGCAGCAGCAACCGCAGCAGCAAACACAACGAGUCGAAAUCAUCAAGCGCGUGCCGACAACUACGGGGGAGCGGGUUUCUGCAAGGCCCGUGAUGUUGAGUGGUGGCCGCAAGGUGUUGCUGGUCCAGCGCAGGGAUCCUCCACCCCCUGCACCACAGCGCGGCUCAGCUGCUUGGCGUUGAAGGCCAUUUGCUGUUGAAGGUACCAGCAUAAAACGCGUCGAUGCGGGAGUGUGCAGCCUGCUACUCAUUAGACACAAUGCUCGAGUUUUUCUGCCCAAAAGACGACACAAGAAUGACAUGCACAAUUGUUUGCAUGCUGUGUCCUUUGCGUUUUUUUUUUAUCCACUAAAGGAAUUCGUGGUGCAGCUUCAACCAGCCCAUCUUUCACGUUGUAUAGUAUCAUACAGCAUUGGUUUUUCUCAGAUGUGUAGCACUUUUUAAUUCGAGACGAUGACAAGGCAGUGUGGUUUAUAUAGGGGACGUGAAACGUAAAUACGAGUGCCAUUGCUGGGCAAACUGAAGCUUAGAAAGGUUGGCAGAGAACAUUUAUUAGCCACUAUAUAUCUUUAAAUUCAAGAAUGGACAAAGCAUUUUGCUGGGGGAAACCUGCAGGCUGCACACUCCCAUCCUCGGAUUUCCUUUUGUGCUGACGGUACCAGAUUUCUAGCAAGCCACCGAAGAGAGUUUUCCAAAGGACAUUCCAAGCAUCACCUUGUGUAAUAGCAAGAGGGCCAGGAUUACUGAAGUACUGUCCGUAAGUGGCCAUGCCGUUGCCCAAGACGCGGAAACAUACGUCCCGGCUGAGAAUCAAAAUGAGCGUCAUUAACUAGUUAAUGAGCAUCAUUAACCAGUUGUCAAUCCUACAUCGUCUAUCCGAGAAUCUCUCAAGUUGCUCGCCACAGCGUAAAAAUAUUUUCCGGCAGCUGUAGGUUGGCCUCUCGAGGUGUGCAGUGGCCAUGCAAAAGACAUUGACGAGGUUAGAACAAAUUCUUCGUUGUUAUUGUGGCUUGUCAGAAACCUCAGUCUUUUAAGUGCCACGAAAAACUAUUCUUCAGCGCAGACGCUCGGCUAGGGGAAUACAGCUGACCUUUCUCGUCUCAUGGCGCGCUAGCUAGUGUCGUAGAUCGUACAGCGUGUUCACGGAGUUUGGUCCUGCAAGGCAAUGGCCGCUGCUUGAGCCACUAAGUAGCCACAUUCUGAGGAGAAACAAAAUCCAUCAUCAUUACAUUCACUGGUGGGCAUUUAGGCAGUGCUUGCAGAACCCAGUUCCGUACUAGCAUGGAUCUCAAAAACCUUUUCCUCCGCAAAGCCAUUGUAUAUAAGCAUCAUGUGCCGCACGCGCUAAUUGUAGCAGCUGUGUUGUUGCACCUGCAA